AUGGAUCCUGGAUCACCUGCUGCGGCAGCAACUAGGCAAUCAAACAACAACCUUGGAAUCACACCCAUGCGCCCUCAACGUCAAUCCAAUGCUGUACCUUUCAGCCCAGGACAGCAGCGCAUGGCUUAUGUAGAGGAUUACUCGGAUGAAGAUGAGCAGGAACGAGUGAUUUACCGUCGUCGCUCCAACCGACCUCACCAGAAACCUCCCGCCUCGUACAACAACUACGCUGAACAAAAUUCGAGAUACGGACCACUACCCAGGAACAGUGUUGAUCAAAGUGUGCACCCAGGAUACAGUUCUCCGCCCAGCAAACCUAAUUACGAAAUGUACUAUCCGAAUUACGACGACUAUGGGCGACGUGUCAUUUACACGGGAGGCGCUGGAGGUGGUAGACCACCACCACCACCUCACAGGCCGGAGAGUGUGAUGAGGCUACCCUGGGCCAUCUGGAUGGGAAGUAAUGCCAAGAACCACUUUGUAGCUUUCGUUGGCGAAUUUGUAGGAACAACAAUGUUUCUGUUCUUCGCCUUCUCAGGCACCCAAGUCGCAAACAUUGGGUCCAGUGCAGCGUCAUCGGAAAACACAACCACUGGUCAGGCUUCGGGCUUCUCGCCAAUUGUUCUGCUGUACAUUGCCAUUGUCUUUGCGUUUUCCCUCAUGGUCAACGUCUGGGUUUUCUUUCGUAUCUCUGGUGGCUUGUUCAACCCUGCUGUCACGUUUGCCAUGUUGCUCUGCCGUGCGCUGAGCCCGAUCCGCGCCUUUUUGUUGCUAGCAGCACAGAUUCUGGGUAGUAUCUUCGCAAGCUGGCUGGUGUCAAUACUAUUCCCGACGGAUUUCAACGUACGAACUACGCUGGGAAGCGGCACGAGUUUGGUACAAGGAGUCUUCAUCGAAGCCAUCUUAACAGCCGAACUGGUCUUUACCAUUUUCAUGCUUGCAAAGGAGAAACACAAAGCAACCUUCAUCGCGCCCGUCGGCAUCGGCCUCGCCCUCUUCAUCGCCGAACUCGUAGGCGUCUACUACACAGGCGGCAGUCUCAACCCCGCGCGCUCCUUCGGGCCCUGCGUCAUAACCGGCGUCUUCGACGUCGAGCACUGGAUCUACUGGAUCGGGCCCGGCAUGGGCGCCAUCAUCGCAGUCGUCUUCUACAGAUCAUCAAGGUGCUCGAGUACGAAGUCGCUAACCCGGGCCAGACGACGACGAUAA